AUGGGUAGAUCAGAUGAUCCGUUUUGGAAGGAAGUUGAAGAUAUGAAUGAUGGAACCAUGAAGUGUAAGUUUUGUGGGCAUUUAUUUGCGAAUGGUACUUCCAUUUCGAGGAUCAAAUGGCAUUUUUCGGGAGAGAGAGGGCAUGGUGUUGGCAUUUGUGGUCAGGUGCCUAAAGAAGUUCAAGGAGCAGCCUUUCUAGCUAUGCGUGGUGGCAACAAAAGACAUAAAAACAUAGCAGGUUCAUGCAAUGUUAAUGAUUAUGCCAUUUCCACCUGUCCACAAGAACAAGACAAUGCAGUACUUGGUAAUUUGGCAGGGGAUGCUGGAAGGAUGCAAGUGGGAGUUCAAGGCAUGAAACAAGGUGUUGGGCAUGAGAGAAUUCAUUCGCGUUUAGAAGCGGCAAAUGGCAUGGAAUACACUGGUGAAGGAUCUUUUCAGCAUGUUGACAGAAGUGUCUCUCCUUGGAGACUCAGAGUUGAUGCUCAUGAGAAUAGAGGAGAAGCAACACAGGGAACAGAUUUAGUGGAUCGAUUUGCUGAUGGUACUUGGGUUCAGAUACACUCUGCCCUUUCAAAGGAGCAGAAGCUGAAUGAAAUCUCUACCUAUUUAAUGCAGGAAGAUGAGGAUGUGGAGCGUCUGCAUGAUGCAUUUGAAACUAUACCGAGAACAGAACAAGUGCAGCAUCUGGAGAGAGGUAUCUCUUGUGAGAGGCCAUCAAUGAAUCAAGCUGAUGAGCCUAGAGGAGAUUCAUCCCAAUUUUGUCUUGACAUUAGAAGAUGUUAUGAUCAACCUUGUGCUCCAUCAGUAAACAAUGAUGUAAAUAGGCAUGAUGAGCAGGACAUGGUUAGAGUGAGGACAGAACCAGUGGAGGAGGAGGACGUGGAGAACUGUGGAAGAUCAGUAGUGCAGGGUGGCGCAGGAGCUAGAUCUUCUGGAAGUCUGAAAUACAACAAGACUAGAGGAGUUCCAUUACCUACUAGCUCUAAAAAGCUAGUGGGUCGAGCAUUUGAAGAGAAUACGAAGGUGACAUGGCCUUUGUUAAUGGAUGAUGAAGUCUCAGUUAUUGGCAUUUACGGGAUGAGGGGAGUUGGUAAAACAACAAUAAUACUACAUAUCUAUAAUGAACUUCUACAAAGACCAGACAUUUGUGAUCAUGUUUGGUGGGUGAUUGUGUCUCAAGAUUUCAGCAUUAAUAAAUUGCAGAAUCUUAUUGGUAAACAUCUUGAUCUAGACCUUUCAAGUGAAGAUGAUGAUCGACACAGAGCUGCCAAAUUAUCAGAAGAACUAAUGAAGAAACAAAAAUGA